AGGGGCCUGUGACAGUGAUGGCCGGAAGGGAUGAGAGUGCGCUUCCUCCGAGCCUCGCAGACCGCUAGAGUGAGGUAUAACGGGCAUGAGCUGGGACUGACGCCUGCGGAGCGGUUUCUCAGGAAAGCUGACCGCAGCGGAGGAGGAUGUCGGCGAGCGCGGUCUACGUGCUGGACCUAAAGGGCAAGGUUCUCAUUUGUCGUAAUUACCGUGGAGAUGUGGACAUGUCUGAAGUUGAACACUUUAUGCCGAUUUUAAUGGAAAAGGAAGAGGAAGGGGCGCUCUCGCCAAUUUUGGCUCAUGGAGGAGUCCGCUUCAUGUGGAUCAAACACAAUAAUUUAUAUUUGGUUGCAACAUCCAAAAAGAAUGCAUGUGUGUCCUUGGUAUUCUCCUUCCUUUACAAGGUGAUUCAGGUAUUUUCUGAAUAUUUCAAAGAAUUAGAAGAAGAAAGUAUCCGGGAUAAUUUUGUCAUAAUAUAUGAGUUACUAGAUGAAUUAAUGGAUUUUGGCUAUCCGCAAACCACUGAUAGCAAAAUUUUGCAAGAGUAUAUCACUCAAGAGGGACACAAGCUAGAAACUGGAGCUCCUCGUCCUCCUGCCACUGUCACCAAUGCUGUGUCUUGGAGAUCAGAGGGAAUUAAAUAUAGAAAGAAUGAAGUUUUUCUGGACGUGAUUGAGUCUGUGAAUCUACUUGUCAGUGCCAAUGGAAAUGUCCUACGAAGUGAGAUAGUUGGGUCCAUUAAAAUGAGAGUCUUUCUGUCUGGAAUGCCAGAACUGCGCUUGGGGCUAAAUGACAAAGUUCUCUUUGAAAAUACAGGACGUGGUAAGAGCAAGUCUGUGGAGCUGGAAGAUGUCAAGUUCCACCAGUGUGUUCGUCUAUCAAGAUUUGAAAAUGACCGGACUAUAUCUUUCAUUCCUCCAGAUGGGGAGUUUGAGCUCAUGUCUUAUCGCCUGAAUACUCAUGUGAAGCCACUCAUCUGGAUUGAAUCUGUAAUAGAAAAACAUUCCCACAGUCGAAUUGAAUAUAUGAUCAAGGCUAAAAGUCAAUUCAAGCGCAGGUCUACAGCCAACAAUGUGGAAAUUCACAUUCCAGUUCCAAAUGAUGCUGAUUCUCCCAAGUUCAAAACCACAGUUGGGAGUGUGAAAUGGGUGCCAGAAAAUAGCGAGAUUGUGUGGUCUAUAAAGUCUUUCCCGGGUGGAAAGGAAUACCUUAUGAGAGCUCAUUUUGGCCUCCCAAGUGUUGAAGCUGAGGACAAAGAAGGAAAGCCCCCUAUAAGUGUGAAGUUUGAGAUCCCUUAUUUUACCACCUCUGGAAUUCAGGUCCGCUAUCUUAAAAUAAUAGAGAAGAGUGGAUACCAGGCAUUGCCAUGGGUGCGAUACAUCACUCAAAAUGGAGACUAUCAGCUUCGAACACAGUAAUGAAGUGUCAACCUAUGGCUCACGUAACAUUUAGUAGAAACCAGAAUUAUAUAUAUGAAGGUUCAAUUAGAUAGGUGCAUUGUGGAACAUGGAAGAAAUCUGCUGUAAUUGAUGGUUACAAGACCCUGUAUACAAGCUGCUACACAGUUGUCCAUAUUUACAGAAAGACUUAUCUAGAUGGUGUUGACUGACAUCAUGGAAAGCAUUUUCUUUGCGUCUGCAUGGUAAUUUUUUGUUCUGGAUUUUCCAGGAUAACCCCACUAUAAUCUGUUACACACGUCAUUUUGUAUAUAUAUUUUUUUUUUUUAAGCAUAUUUGCAAUGUGCCUGUAUUGAAGUGCCAUCAUCUUAAAUGCAUUUCAACCUGAAGAUGAUUCCUGGAUUGAUGGGACAUGCUGUUUUGCAGCGUCAGACAACCGCCCCUUUUUAAUGUUGGAUUUCUGUUACAAAAGUAAAAGCUUACCUCAGUAGAGACCAUUUUUGAGCUUUACAGAUGCCUCGGGUCAUGAGGACCUAUUUCAGUAUUUUAUUUUUUCUACGCUAUUAAGUAUUCAGAAGUCAUAGUGUUGGAUACUUUAUAAGCUAAUAGAUGUAGUAACUUCCUUUUGAUUGGAAAUAUUUCUCCUAGAGACCAAUACAGUUUGUUAAAUUUUCACAAGAAAGUAUAUUAAAUCUGUAGGACACUUUCCUUCGUCACUAGAUGCCAUUUUUAUCUGUGCAGAUGUUAUGUUGGCCUUACUGUGUUUUUGAUGCAUUAAAAUGCAAAUUAAAUGUUA